UUCGCAUUCGCUUUGUCGCAUAUUUCUCAAACGGGCAGUGUCUACAUUACCGUUUCUGUCACCAUAGAACGAUAUCUAGCCGUUUGUCAUCCGAGGCGCAGCAAGCAAAUUGAGGAAUGCGAUGACAUUCUAGGCGUCGACACGUUUAGCAGUAAUGUUCAACGCCACAAGUUCUGUCGAGUCACUAUCAAUCCUGUCUGCCCGGACGGUAAAAACUGGCAAAGCUAUAUUUUGCUACCUUCUGUAAUGGCAGCAAAUCCUCUAUAUCAACAGGUGUAUGCCUUGUGGCUUACCAACAUCGUAAUGGUCUUUCUGCCAUUUCUCACACUGCUCAUCUUAAAUGCCUAUAUCGCCUAUACUAUCCGGAAAAGUUUAGAGAAAUUCGAUAACCAUCAGCAAAAACUGCCGGAUCGAAGUGAGCUGAAAGAGAAGAGCCGAGAGGCGACACUUGUGUUGGUGAUUAUCGUCUGCAUAUUCCUUAUCUGUAAUUUUUGGGGCUUUGUGCUGACUCUUCUUGAACGAAUCCUCGAUCACGAAACUUUGAUGGUCAAGCAUCAUGCUUUCUACACAUUUUCACGAGAAGCCAUCAACUUCCUCGCUAUAAUCAACUCGUCAAUUAAUUUUGUCAUCUAUAUAGUAUUCGGUAAGGAAUUC